CUUGGGUCUUCCUGAGGAGGUGAAGGUGCUGACAGCUGUUUACUGCGGCCGCUGCACGACUUUUGUUGCUGCUGAAGGAGCAGCAGCAGCAGCAAACGAGACUUUUCUUUUUGGCUGCGGCCGCAACACUCAGGGCGAGCUGGGCCUCUGGCCUGCGCAGCAGCAGAGGCAGCAGCAGCAGCAGCAGGAGCAGCAGCAGGCAGUGGUGUGCCAUUUCAAGAGGGUGCAGCUGCUGCAGGAGGGGCCCCUCAAGUAUGUUUGUGGGGGCCAGUUCUUUACGAUGGCAUUAACAAAAGGAGGCAAAUUGUACACUUGGGGACAAGAAAACUUCCUGGGGCGCGGAUCUACUUUCUGUGUCCCUUCGGGAGGCCCCCGUUUGCUGCCACUUUGCGAGGGAAAAGAGGGUUUGCGUUUUCGGUGGAUUGGCUGCGGCAGCGACCACUCGCUUGCGGUGUCUGUGUCGGGGUGUCUGUACACCUGGGGAGCGGGACAAAACUACCAACUGGGAACGGGAGACGAUCCCACUCUCCUUGCUUCCCCCGCCAGGAUCGAUCCCAAACAAUUCAAGGGACAGUUUGUUCUUCAGGCUUGCGGUGGAGCGCAGCACUCCACGGUGUUAGUGUGGGACGGUGCCCACGCCGAGCAGCAGCAGCAGCAGCAGCAGCGGCAGCAAGUUGCAGAGCAGGAGGUGUGUGCUGCUGCUGAGGAAGCAGAGGACGGCGAAGGGCAGCAGCAGCUGAAGCGACCUCUAGAAGGAACAGAAGACGCAGCACCUCCAUCCAAGAAGGCUAAGCACGAAGGCCGGCCUUCUUUGGAAGUGCCAACGAACUCUCAGGCCCGCAGCAGAAGCCGCAGCAGAAGCAGAAGCACUUCUCGAGCAGCACGAGAAGAAGGUGCAGCAGCAGCUGCUGCAGCGUCAAAGUCUGCUGCGGAGCCAGAAGCAACAUCUCAGCGGGAAAAAGCUAUAGAGGAAAUGGACGUUGAGGCAGAGGAGCAGCAGCAGAAUGCCGACAAGCUGGAGGCGGCGGUAACGGCAGCGAGUGCAGCAGCUGCAGCUUCUGCUGCGGCUGAGACAGCGGCUGCUGCAGCAGAGAGUGCUGCUGCUGCUGCCAGUGAUGCCGCCGGAGCGGCCGACAUUGCCGCAAGCGCAGCAGAAGCGGCAGCUGUUGCUGCCGCGACAGCCGCUACAGCAGCGGAACCUCCACCGAACGCUACAGAAGCAGCAGAGGAAGCUGAAGAAGAAGACGCAGCAGCAGCAGCAGCGGCAAGCAGUACCACGAAGCCACGCAAGGCUGCUACUGCAAAGCGGCAGCAUAGGCGGAGAGCCUCAGCAGCAGGAGAAAAGGAGCAGCAGCAACAGCAAGAAGAAGCUUCGGCUGCAUCAGAAAAGGCAGACACUGGCAGCAAAAAGACCAAGGGGCGCCCUGCUGCAGCUGCUGCAUCCCGUUCUACUGCUCGCCAGGUAGCUGUUGCAGAGAAGGCUGCAGCAGCAGCAAAGGAAGCGGCAGCAGCAGCAAAAGAAGCAGCCACAGCCGUGAAAGAAGCAACAGCAGCUGCUGCUGCCUCGUCUGGGGCCAGUGACAAUGAAGAGGAAAGCGGAAGCAGCAGCAAAGAAGCAGAAACUUCGCGUGGAGAAGCUGCUGCACGUACACCUGAAGGUGCUGAUGAAGACUCCGCAAGUGCUGCUUCGUCGAAGUCGAAGCCUGCUGCUGCUGCUGCAGCUAGGAAAGAAAAGGGAUCUGCGCAGGCUGCAUCAGCGAAGGCAGCGAAAGUAGCCAAGACAGGGAGAAAGGGAGCAGACCGCGGCCGUGUCGCUGCUAGCAGAGGCGGCAGCAGCAGCAGCAGCAGCAAAGCACCAACAACUGCAGCAGCGAAAGCCAAGACGAAGAGCAAAACUGCCGCCGCCCCCAAAAAGCCUACCGCUGUGAAGAAGGAAAUAAAGAAGAAAGGCACUCAAGCAACUAAAGGUGGGAAGUCUACUAAGGAUACUGCUGCAGCCGCAGCGCGGGGGAAGCAGACGUCUUCACGGAGCAGCAGCAAGAGCAGCAGCAGCGCCAGCAAAAAGCCCGCUGCUGCGGUGACCAAAAAAGCCGCUUCAGGAAGCAGCAACAAGAGCGCAGCAGCUGCCUCGAAGGCUGCAACGAAGCAGCAGCAGCAGCCACAAGCACAAGCAUCCAAGAAAACAGCGACAGCUGCAGCGGCAAAGGGCAGCCCGAAGGUCACGAAGCCAGGCGCAGGUCGCAAAGGCAGCAGUAGCAGCAGCAGCAGUGACAAACGAGGCAGGAAAUCUCUUAAGGCGUAG